AUGAGAACAAAAACAAUGAUUGGUAUUGCAACGGCAAGUUGUGCUUGCAUCAUUGUCACAUCUUUGAUCGCCGUUUGUGUAAUAUUCAAUGAAAUAAACAACUUGCACGACGACGUUAUGGAUGAAAUGGGCAUCUUCAGAACAGUUGCAGACGAUACUUGGGAAAGAAUAGUAAUGAUGCACUUUGGUCCAGGUGGUCGUCGACAAGAGACGUUCAGCUCCUUGAUCAAUCGAUACAAACGACAACAGUUCGUUCCACCACCACACUGCCAAUGUCAAGCACCAGAAUUAUGUCCACCAGGUCCACCAGGACCACCAGGUGACAAAGGUCUAACAGGUAAUGAUGGACCGGUAGGUGAAGAUGGUAGAGAUGGUGCUAGUGGUGUAUCACUAUUAGCAACAUACCACUUUAAUGGUGGCUGCAUCGAAUGCCCUCCGGGACGACCAGGACCACCAGGGUUAGAUGGUCUAGAAGGAGAUUAUGGAGAAACAGGACGUCGUGGGCCACUGGGAAAACCGGGUAAGAGUGGGCAACGAGGACCACCUGGACCACCAGGUGAAAUGGGCGAAGCAGGACCAGAUGGAGAACCUGGAAGACCAGGACCACCAGGUAGAGAUGGAAAACGAGGCACUGGACCACAAGGACCGAAAGGACCAACUGGACCAAGAGGACCACCUGGCCCACCAGGAGAAGACGGAAAUGCGGGAGCUGAUGGUGAACCAGGAGAGCAGGGCGCGGAAGGACGACCAGGAAAUGAUGGUAGGAAAGGCAAUGAUGGACGCCCUGGAUCGAUUGGUAGCGCAGGUAUACCAGGACCAGAUGCUCAUUAUUGCCCAUGUCCACGACGAAGUUCAUUGUAUCUGAAAAAGGUGCAGUGA